AUGAAGGAAACCAAACGAGCAUCUCCGAAUUUCUCCUCCCGGGACUCCAGCCAAGCUGGGAAGCAGGAGCUCCUCUUUGCACUUUUCCUGGCUAUGUACCUGGCCACCGUGGUGGGGAACACGCUCAUCGUUCUGGCCAUCGGCUUGGACCCUUACCUUCACACCCCCAUGUACCUCUUCCUCGCCAACCUAUCCUUGGCUGACCUCUUCCUUGCCAACCUGUCCUUGGCUGAUGUUUCCUCCAUUUCCACCUCAGUCCCCAGAAUGCUGAUGAAUAUUCAGACCAAGAGCCCAUCCAUCUCCUAUGAGAGCUGCAUCACACAGAUGUAUUUCUCCAUUGUCUUUGUUGUCACUGACAACUUCCUCUUGGGGGUCAUGGCCUGUGACCGCUUUGUGGCUAUCUGCCAUCCUCUGAACUACACGACCAUCGUGGGACCCAGGCUCUGCCUUUGGCUGGCCGCCGUCCCCUGGGCCCUCAGUAACGCCGUCGCCCUGACACACACCCUUCUGCUCCUCCGAUCGGUCUUCUGUGAUGGCCACGCUCUCCCGCACUUCUUCUGUGACUUGGCCCCGCUGCUCAGGCUGUCCUGCUCGGACACGGCGGCCAACGAGCUCGCGCUCUUUGUCGUGGGCUCGUCGGUCGUCACCCUGCCCUUCGCCCUCAUCCUCGUCUCCUACGCCUGCAUCACCAGGGCUGUCCUGAGACUCUCACGCCCAGAGGGGCGGUGGAAAGCCCUCUCCACCUGUGGCUCUCACCUGACAGUCGUGUUCCUCUUCUACGGGACCGUCGUGGGGGUCUACUUCUUCCCCUCGCCCUCUGACCCUGACAACAGAGACAAGAUCGGGGCGCCGCUGUUCGCCGUGGUGACCCCCGUGGUGAACCCCUUCAUCUACAGCCUGAGGAACACGGACAUGAAAGGGGCCCUGAGGAGACUCCUCUGUGGGAAAAAGGGCUCUCCCUGUGAUGCCCUGAGCGUCUGA